ACAAAUGGCGAAAUCUUAAUCAGAGUGUCACAGUCUUUGCUUGUAGCUACAAUGAAGUGGAUGAAAGUGAUAUUUGUUUCGCUGCUGUCGCUUUUUGUCUUGGUGGAUGUUGCAUAUGGCGGCCGUAUACAAAUUCCAAAGAUAACCAUCAAGAAUGGUGAUAUAACAGUCCAUGGAAAUUGCAAUCAUUGCACUGCCCGAGCCACAAAAAACUCAGCGCACUUGUCCAUGAAGUUCACUACGACCAGUAGAAAGGUGGUGAGGAGAAGGGGUUAGCAGCAGGAUGUUAUCCAGGAUUGAACGAUUGCCAUUUAUCAACAAAUAGUUAAGUUAUUUAUACUUCAGUAAAACAUUUCAAAUGCCAAAGAAUGUGAGGCCAUAAUACAAAAAUAAAUAUCUCACAUUUUCAUAACAGAGAAA